AGCAAAUUUAUUUGUUUACAACUAUCCAAUUGUGAUGAGCGUGAAAAUUUUCCUUCCUGCUUUUCUUUUCUAUACAAAAAAAGACUGUGAUAUAUAUGGAGAAAUACAAAUCGAUGAAAAUAAUGCAGUCUCAUACUUUAUAAUUGAUCACUGCGAUUAUCACAAUGAAAACGAAGCAAAAGUUAUUACAAAACACUUGCGUCAUUUAGGUCACAUACACCGGGCUGGCCCUACAACGACAGUACAAAAUCAGGACGUUGCCAUUACCUUUGCCUACGAUGUGGAUACACCUAAUAUUUAUUUAUUAAAAUUAAAUAUAAAACCGGUGGAGACCACACAAGUGAAUGUCUUCCUUUAUGAUGUGCCAAAAAUGCUUCAGUUGCAUGAGUAUAACACCAGUUAUGAUAGCAAGAAAAGUGACAAUGCUUCUGGUGGAGGCCGUGGCGAUGAAAAAACAAAUCAAUACAAUGACGUUGAAGUUUUAUGUAGCUUCUUAAAUCAGAGCCAUCAACAAAACAAAAAGCAGAAAUAUACCAUAACCAGUAUUCUCGAUAAAACAAUAUUCUUAUUUCCCAAUUUAAUUAUCAAUGCUAUAGUUUUUUUACUGCAAUCGAAAUUGUUAAAGCCGCUGUUAGAAAAAACAACGUUUUACGAGCAUUCGCUCGAAUGGCGGAGAUAUCAGGAAAGCAGAAAACGUAAUCUAAAUAUUACUGUUGACAAAAUACUCGGAGUUUGCGUUAUGCUGUUAUUACUUUUUUAUGUUUCACGUCCCGAUGAUUAUCUGCUCACAGCUUCGCAUGUGGUCAUACAAAAACUCCGCUUAUUGCUGCGUUCUCUCAAAGGUAGUCCCAUCGGUUUGAAACUGAAUGAAAAUUUGAAUAAUUUUCUGCUUGAUUGCUUCAAUUAUCAUGUUGAUUUAUGGGCUAAAUUUUUAGAUCUUAUUGAACCAGUUGUGCGUCAGCUAUUCGUACCGAUUGCUUUACUUGGUUUCACAGGUCUAUCAUUUCAAUUGGCCUCCUUACCAGCGUUAAUGUCUAUAAUCGGUUUGCAUGCACAUUGCUUUUACAUUUACACAGCAGUAUUGUACAAAGUGGAAAUCAGAGGAAUACAAGUGCUUUGGAAAGUAAUGCUGGGCAAGCGUUACAAUGUCCUUAAGAAUCGCGUGGAAUCGUACAACUACGUAAAUCGUCAAUUAUAUCUAGCAACAAUAUUUUUCACAUCGCUACUCUUCCUUUUCCCAACUGUGUUGGUUUAUUAUGUGGUUUUCACAACGUUACGACUUUGCAUCUAUCUAGUAAAUUUACUCCUUCAAGUGUUGCGUCGACAAAUUUUAGAAUUCCCUCUCGAAAUUCUUUUGAAAUGGUCUAUUGGAAAAUUUUACGAUAUGGAGAGUAUAUAUCUCGCAUAUAUACCCCACACGCCAUCACCUUUGUUGCAACCAGAAAGUACGCGCAUGAAUAUGUCCGUUUUUAAACUGAACAUACAAAAAUCACCGUUAAGUAGAGUGUUUUCAUGUGAAAGUGGAAUCCUGCAAGAAUGUGAAGCUGAUGAGAAAAUGUCAAUUAAAAAUGCGUUCAACCGCAUGCUUAAAGGAACAUUUUAAAGCGUUAGAAAAUCAUGUAACAUCGAAAUUUGUUAAAACCAAGCAAUAAAACAAAUCAAACCAUUUACACAUAC